AUGCCUCAAGAGCUGCACAAACGAUUGGGGAAGCAGCCUUGGUUGCCCUCCGUACAAGGGGCAAUGCAGCAGAUACAACUUGAGGGGAAGAAGAGGUUGACGCUGGAUGAGACACAGAUGGCGCAGCAGCCGCAGCAGCAGCAGCAGCAGCAGCAGCAGCAGCAGCAGCAGCAGCAGCAGCAGCAGCAGCAGCAGCAGCAGCAGCAGCAGCAGCAGCAGCAGCAGCAGCAGCAGCAGCAGCAGCAGCAGCAGAAGCAGCAGCAGCAGCAGCAGCAGCAGCAGCAGCAGCAGCAGCAGCAGCAGCAGCAGCAGCAGCAGCAGCAGCAGCAGCAGCAGCAGCAACAUGGGAGCGGUGGGAGCGGUGCGAUUGGUGCCGGCAUUGCUGGUGGUAUGGGUGUUGUUGGUCCUAUGUGUGGUGUAGCCUCUGCAGGUUUCAACGUGGGAAGUGGGAAUGGCGCGAAUUGUGCCGGAAAGGCUGCUGUCGGUGUUGCUGGUGGCGCUGCUGCUGUUGCACCUGCUGGGGGUGUGGACGGUGCGGCUGUCGUUGCUGGUGGUGCUGGUGUUUCUGGUGUUGCUGGGCUGGCAUCCUCCCCAGCCUGCUCUCCCAGUCCAAUUUCAUCUAUCCCUCUGCACAGGUCCACUCCCCCCAUGACACAUGCUGCUCUCACCUCCUCUGCUCUGACCUCUACUCCCGGCUUUGCUGGUGACGUUGCUUCUGGCGCUGCUGCUGGCGUUGCUACUGCUGCUGCUGCUGCUGCUGCUGCUGCUGCUGCUGCUGCUGCUGCUGGUGCUGCUUCUGUCGCUGCUUCCGGAGCUGGUGCUGAGGAUGCAGUCUCCCACUCGCACCGUGUCCCUCCGUCCCCCGCCAAUCCAACCACCAACUUUGAUGGUACGGCCCGCUGGCAUGGAUUCAUCAACACAGAGAAGUGCGGUGUUGAUGCCUUGGAGCAUGAUGCCUAUAAGGGAAUCAACGGCUACGGGACUGGUGGUGGGACCCUAAACCCUGGCAGCAGUGGAAUAGAUGUCGAAAUGCAGGAACCUGCAGUAGAGGACUUCAGGCCUGCAUACAAUGCUGGUGCUACUGACCAGCCUACUGCUGAGCACCUUUCUCAUCCUCACCCCUCAGCCAACCUGUUGAUCCUGAGAGACAAGGAACACUCUGCAGUUGCUGCCUGGGGCCUCACCUCUUCAUCUUCUCGCAUCCAGGGUGCAGCCUAUCACAGCUUCGAGAAUCAUAUUAAUGCGGUCCCCUUGAUGGAGCAGUUGGGAGUCAACAGAGUAGGUUUGGAGGUUGGGGAACAUGGGAUUGAUGCAGGAGAGUUGAAUACAGGGGAAUUCGAGCAUGAAGCAUCGCCUAGCCCUGGUGCUGAAACCUACACCAUUGAUGCACUCGAGAGGUUCUUGAUGGAUAAUGGGGACCAUAGGGAAUAA